AUGUCUCGGUUCGUGCGUGCGCCUCCGACGGCUGCGCGUCGCGCAGCCGCGUCGGUGUCUCCGUCUUCGCACAUGUGCCCGUUUCUGUCUCGGCACACGAACCAGUCUCUCGCGUCGCUCUUUCCGUUUCGCGCCUUCUGCCCCGUCGCAUCCAAAUUCGACUCCGCCACGCUCCCCGCAGUCAUGCGCGCGACGACGCUCAAUCACCAGCACUUCCCGCACCUGUCUCCGCCGCUCUCUGCCGCGGGCCCCGCCUGUGGGGCAGGCCUGGAGGCGCGCGGAGACACCGCCCCGUUCGAGCCUCCUGCGGCGCCGGUGUCUCUUCUCGGCGCGCAACCUGACGGGCGAGCCUUGAAGAGCGUCGAGGGAGGAGACGCGUCGUCGCUGUCGCCGUUCUACUACGAGCAACGCUUCACCGACGCAAUCAACGAACUGCAUGCAGAAGGCCGCUACCGCGUCUUUGCCCAGCUGCAACGAAAGCGGGGCGAAUUCCCAAAGGCUGCGAUUUUCUUCGACCGACAAAGCGGCUGGGAAGGAAAAGACGCGCCGGUUUCCGGCACCCAGGCCGGCGGAGACACCGCGCCUGUGGACGCGCCCGCCAGGAAGGAGACUCGGAGACAGGCAGACGACGCUCAGGGCGCAGACCCGAAGGGACGAGCAGAGCAGUGGAUCCAGUCCGCAAACGCACAAGAGGAAUCCGGCGGCGUCGCCACCGCGGGGCUCUCAGCCGCGCGCGCGAUCGCCGACGUUGCCAAACAGUUCCUUCACGGCCAGGUUCAGCUGUGGUGCUCCAACGACUACCUGGGAAUGGGGCAGAAUCCCCUCGUGAUUCAGGCGGCGCACGAGGCCUUGGACGCCGCAGGUGCGGGCGCAGGAGGCACGCGAAACAUCAGCGGGAACUGCACUUUCCAUCUGGAGCUUGAACGCGAACUGGCCGCGCUCCACGGCAAGGAAGCCGCCCUCCUCUUCACGUCAGGGUACGUCGCGAAUGAGGCGACGCUGUCGACGCUCGGAAAGCUUCUUCCGAAUUUGCACAUUUUCUCGGACGAGAAGAACCACGCGUCGAUCAUUGCAGGCAUACGAGGGGCGCGCUGUGCGAAGAAGAUUUUCCGCCACAAUGACUUGAUCCAUUUGGAGAGUUUGCUGGCGGAGGCGCCGCCCGACGUGCCGAAGCUGAUAGUCUUUGAGAGCAUCUACAGCAUGGACGGGAGCGUCUCGCCGGUGAAGGACAUCUGCGACUUGGCCGAGAAGUUCAACUGCCUGACGUACAUCGACGAGGUCCAUUCUGUCGGGAUGUACGGCCUCACCGGCGGGGGCGUCACCGAACAAACUGGGCAACAACUUCGUGUCGACCUCAUAAACGGGACACUGGCGAAGGCGGUCGGCGUUUUUGGCGGCUACGUGGCUGGGAAAGCGACCUUGGUUGACUGCAUUCGUUCGUAUGCAGCCGGCUUCAUUUUCACCUCCUCGGUGCCGCCUGCCGUUGCGGCUGCGGCGACUGCGUCGAUCAGAUACCUUCGGCGUUCUUGCACUGAGAGGCAUCUUCAGCAGCUGCGGGCGACGCAGCUGAAGGCCUUGCUGCUUUCUCGCGACUUUCCUGUCUUGCUCAAUCCGAGCCACAUCGUUCCGGUUCUCGUGGGUUGUCCGAUCGCCUGCAAGCGCGCGUCCGAUCUCCUUCUUCACGAGCACAAGCUGUACAUACAGCCCAUCAACUACCCCACAGUGCCGCGAGGCACUGAGCGUCUUCGCAUCACACCGGGACCUCUGCACACGUACGAAGACCUCGUCAGUCUGGUAGAUGCCCUCGACCAGGUGUGGAACGCCUUGGGGUUGAUGCGGGCGACGGCGUUCAAGGAGACGCAGGACUUGCUCGUGGGCCGGCACGCCUUGGAAAAGGCCGAGGGUUCUGUCUCGAACGCGAGUCUGUGGGAAGAAGAAAGCGUGAAGAGCGGCCUCGAGGAGUGCGAACGGAAGAGUGGACGCAGCGCGAGGAAGAUGCUUCGCGCGCUCCUGGAAGACCAGUUUUUCUUUUCUGAGCGGCAACCCAGCGCGCAGCAAGUGCAUGCGGUGGACCGGCUGCGACAGGCAGAGCCCAGUGCGGAGUCGACGUUCCCGCCGGCUUCUCGUUUCCUCCCGCGCAGCCGCUUCGGGGACAAAGAAACGAACGAGGAGCCGGGGCUAGCGAGAUAUGUGGGAACGUCAAAAGUGGACAGGCAGUGGUCGGAGACGCAGGACGCGCAGCUCGGCGACGGCAGAGUGCAGUCGAGACAGCGCGACGUGUCUGGGGGUCAUCCCGACAGGCGAAUUGAGGUCCGAGCUUGA